AACAUCUUGGAAUCCUUCAUGAAAUUUCGCAACUCUGUGAGUACAUAUUGCUAAUUAUGUAACAGGUGAGCGUUGUCAAAUCGUUAAAUAUCCAACAAAUAUAACGCGCCGAGCCUUUUUAUCAACUUAUCAACUCAGAUAUCCCUGUCAAAAAGAGUUUGUAAAAAUCCAAAAAUCGUAAGUUUGGCACUCACUCGCUUGUUGUCUUUGACUAUUCGUGUUUCGCAUUGGUUUCGCGCGCUGUCAGAUUGAUAAAUCUUAUCUUGCAAUCACUUGCGUGGGGCGUCCGUUUUGUGAUAAGAGGACGAGUUCUUCGCUCAUCGAAAACAAUUAACUCGGCUGUCCCUGCCGUCAGUUUGUAAUUUCUCUUUAGUUUCCAUGUGCUGUACCGUUCCGCUCCCCACGGUUAUUCUAGCUAAUGUGCGAUCGACUCAGUUUUCCUCGCGCUGUGUAAGUAUCUUGACGAGCUUUUCAUUAGAUAACAACCACACGAUCGCGUGAUUUCUGCAUCUCGAAGCUUCGGUCCGAUCGAGCAUGCACAGUAAUUGUUCCUGCAGCGCAGCCUCUAUCUUGUGGACCAAAAACGGCAGCAUUGGCAUCGCCUCCCUGUGUUUGGAUAUUGUUAUGAGUUGACCGUGUGCCCAUGGAGCGGUUGAAGGAUUCCGUACAGCCGGAUUACCAGGCGACCAGUCCUCGAACUCCCCUCCGCAUCAAUGAGCCAUCGAACGACAGUGCAUCUCCUUCCACUAAUGCAAAUGCAAGAAGUCCUAAUUUUGAAACUGGAGCUCCUCAGAAUGCCGGAAUCAAUGUUCUCACCGCAGCCGUCUUUGUGGCAGGAGAGAUGGCAGGAAGUGGUGUACUUGCAUUACCCAAAGCUGUCGUAGAUUCCGGUUGGAUAGGAAUUUUCAUCGUGAUCAUCUGCUGCAUCAAUGCAGGGUACGGCGGUUCUCGUCUUGGAGAGUGCUGGGCAAUACUGGAGGAGCGGUACCCUGAGUACAGGGGGAACACACGCAACCCGUAUGCCACUAUUGCAGAAAGGGCUGUCGGAAAGUGGGGCAGUUACUUAGUCUCUGUGUGUAUGCAGAUCACGCUGUUUGGUGCCAGUAUCGUGUAUCUCUUGCUGGCAGCGCAGUUGGUUCAAGAUCUCCUCAUUGUGGUGUUCCCGUCGGUUGGUUUCUGCUGGUGGUUUCUCAUCUUUGCUGUGGGGCUAAUACCGGCCAUGUGGCUGGGUUCACCCAAGGACUUUUGGUUAGUGGGAGUUGGAGCACUGCUUUCGACGACUGUGGCUGUUGUUUUCAUAGCCACGCAGAUGUUGAUCGACGGUCUGAACCUGGAAAAGCUUCCGCGACACAGGCCACAUUCCUUCAAGGAGUUUUUCCUUGCGUUUGGCACCAUCCUCUUUGCUUUCGGCGGGGCCUCCACGUUUCCCACCAUCCAGAACGAUAUGGUUCAUCGUGAGAAGUUCUCAAAGUCGGUGAUGAUUGCUUUCAUAGCUAUCACCGGUCUGUACAGCCCUCUGGUGAUCGGAGGCUAUUAUAUUUACGGCGAUAGUAUUCAACCAAAUGUAGUCAUGUCGCUGAGUCAUACAACUCUCGUUUCCUUAGCGAAUAUUGCCAUGGCAAUUCAUCUGAUCCUAGCGUUUUUAAUUAUCAUCAAUCCUGUUUGCCAGGAUCUAGAAGAAAUGCUCCAAGUUCCUCCCGAGUUCUGUCUAAAGCGUUGCAUCGUGCGCACGUGCAUGAUAAUGCUCAUGAUAAUCGUGGGGGCGACUGUUCCCCGGUUUUCGAAAAUCCUCUCGCUAGUCGGAGGCUCGACCAUCACCCUUACAACUUUCGUUCUGCCAAACUAUUUCUACCUGAAGCUCAGCGACCAAAGGGCACCGAACUGGCCAGUUAGAGAGGUGCCGUUACACAUGCGUGUGUACAUGUACGAACUGAUCGGAAUUGGUCUGGUCGGUGGUUGCUGCUCGACAUACAGUGCGCUCAUUGACAUGGUCGGACCAGACUCCUUCACCAAGCCUUGCUAUUGGCCCAACUGAUCCAACUUCAGUAUUAACUGCACCGUUGAGCUUUCCUUGUUAUUGUAAGUUGAGCUUUCCUUGUUACUGUAAGUUGAGCUUUCCACCUUACUGUAAGUCGUCCAUUCUGCUUCAGCUCAAUCAGAUCUCCUUCUGUUUUUAACCUCUUGUUUCCUCUUGCCAAACCUCUUUUCAAUAAACAGUUCAUCUCCACAUCAGCCUCAUGAUCAAGCAACAUAGCUUAUUUGGACUUUUUUUCGGAAUGUCCCGUCGGAGGAUACCCGCACUUUUUUCCUCUUAAUUUUAAAUUGGACGUAAAAACGCCUAAAUCCGGUGUUAACUCUCAAGUCUGCAGAUCUAGAAAUUUGGAAGUCCAAAAAUGUUCAGGAAUUCUUAUUCUUGGGCAGUCAGGCCAUUUAACUCCGGAACGCCCUUUCUAUUGUCGGUGAAAACGUUAUUCUUACUAUGAAUUUUCUUAGGUAUUAUAUUGUUUUACAUACAAUAAAAAUAUAUGUUGUUCAUUCUAUGAUCUUGUGAGACCGAUGUGGGUUGAAUUUGUGGCACUAGGCCUUCGGCUGAAGCAGUAUUUACGUAAUGAAAUAAAGACUGUCGAGUUUAUUUUCAGAUCCAUUCCAGGUUCUGAAUGUUUUCGCAUCAUUUGUGCCCUACUUUUAUCACCCUUUCUGUGUAGUUUAUCCUGGAUGACCUACCUGGAAUUUACUCAUCUUACCAGAAUAGAAAAGAACAGGAUAAGUACUAUGUUUAGGGGGGAAAAGUUUAAGAAUUUGAGAAUUUUCCAAUUAGCAAACACAUCAUAUUAAACCUUCUGAUAUUUUUGCUGAGGUGGAGGGGGGGGGGAUAACUUUUUGAGAUGUCAUGCACCUCUCUCUGAUGUUUAAUUUUUUACAAGAAAUUUGAAGAACACCUAAACUUGAAAUCCUGUGAGUAUAUUCUCCUCAAUCUGAGGUAAACUUACUGAAAGUCUAAAUGUUUAAAGUAGUUCAGUGCUCUGUUUAAAAAGUUUAACUUGAGAAAAAUUAGGCGAAGUGAAAGGUGGUUAGGCUUAUUCUGCUCAAAUCCAUCUGAAAAUUGACUAGUAAGCACAAUAAGUAAGAUAUACACAAUAAAAGUUCACAAUGCUUUUGUACUAAGGAACAAUGCUGUAUGAACAUUCGAGAGUCGCCAAAUUUCCUUUGAUAAAAUGUUUAUUUUUGAGGAAAAUUAUGAAUAUUUUUCCUUGACAUUUUCAUGAACUUUCGAUCAAAAUACAAACAAAAAUCUCCUAAAAAUUAGAAGAAGUUUACUGAGGUAUUGGCGUUUUAUCAAAGAAAAUUUUGCGACGCCUGAAGGUUUGUACGCUGUUUUUCCUCAGCACGGCAGAAUGGUAGUGUUUCAUCCUUGUCAGUCCUCUGAAUAGUUUUAAAUAAACUUCCUUAAGAAGAAUCUGUGCGUCUGUUCUGUUUUGGAGCUUGUUAAUUUUUAUUUUUUUUUGCUUUUGUGCAAAAUUACAACCACAGUCUAAUUUUUAAUAAUUAAUUUUAGUAGGUUAAAUGGAUAAGUGGUCUUUUUAUCUACAUAUCUUGAAUUUGUUAUGCAUUUACAAAUUUUUAUCAAAUCACCUGUAUAAUUCUCAGACACAACGAAACGUUGAUGCUAUUUUAUAUUUUUUUAGUCAGCAAAGAGUUCACUAAAAUUUGUCUAUCAUAAGAAUAAACUGGGUCUCAUUGGGAACAUUGAGGCUAGUCAAAUUGAUCAGAAAUGUCUAAACUAAAAAGAACUAAGUGCAAAUUAUGUAAAGGGACUAUGAACGUAGUAUUUGAACGUCUCUUGGUUCCUUUCAAUUCAAUUUUUUCUUACUUAUGUAGUUCCUUUUUGUGUAAUUACGCCCAUCCUAUCUUUUCAGCAAAGAAGCACCUUGUGUUUCUCGAUUUACCUUCACAUGGCAAGAGAGUGAAAGAGACUGAAAUGAAAGUUUUAGGAACAAACAUUAUUUCAGUCUCUAAGAAAAGUCAUCAAACGUAACUAAUAUGACUAUAUUUUGCAAUGAGGAACUACAAUUUCUGGCCCAUACCUAAAAACACCUUUCUGCGCACGGAAGCUAACCGCACAUAUGUUGUUUCUGAAAUGAGCCAGGAAUUGCAGUUUUUGAUUGCAACAUGUAGUUCCAUUUCUGAUUCUGUCCCUCGUUAUUCUUGAUUCUUUUGAAUCUGUAUUUUUAAAAAUCCUUUUUAAAUCAUUUACACAGACAGUAGGUAAUGAUUCCUAUUUUUUCCACGGAAAUAAUAUUUUUCAAGGAAAUUGAAAUAGCAUGUUCUGGGACAAAUCAAUUCAAAACACUCGGAAUUAGAUACAGAGUGGGGAAAAAUUUGACCACCUUUUGCAAUUAGGAACCACAAUUUCAGGCUUAGUUUACCAACAAUGAUGUGCCAUUAGCUUUCCCAUCUAGAUAAGUGUUUAUACGGAUAAGUCUGAAAUAGUAGUUCCCAAGUGCAAAAUGCAAUUCAAUAUUUUGCAG